AUGGCAAACGUGGACAAACUCAUCAUGCAGAUAUGAGACUUUGGGCCAUUCCAGAGGAAGAUUGCCACACUGAUAGUUUUCGCUUUUGUACUUGUUGGAGUUGUUUUCUUAGGCCACACUCUGGAUCACUGGUGCUGGAGUCAUGGAUCUGAGGGCCUCUGGGAGGAAUGUGGAUGGAGUGAUGUCAAGGUGCGGGACGUGACCAUUCCCCACUCAGAACAGUCUGGAUCUUUCAGCCGUUGUGAGAGAUUUGCAGUGGACUGGAGCGAAAGCCAAAAGAAAUAUGAUGAACUUGACUGGCAGCGGAUUUCUAAUGCAACCCAGACGGUGGCGUGCGAAAGCAGAUGGGUGUUAACCGCACUACUAUUGGUUUAUUUUACUGUUAUAGUCAUGAAAUCACAAAGGAAAACAGUGUUAAUCUUUGUGUUUCUUGGAAUUCCUUCCCACCUAGUUUUUAGAUCCUGGCUCGCCGACCUGAAUCAAGUUUCCCUGGCAUGUGGAUUUUUCAUUGGAACUUUUGUGACAGGUUACCCAGCUAAUGGAGGUUUAAGGAGCCCUAUUCUUAGACUUAGCAGCUAUCUAUCCAUCUUUUACACUAGGUUGUUGGCUGCGAAAAAUCAAAUCUACCCUUUGACUAUUAAUUUAGCAUAUUUUGUCACAUAUUGUCUCCUUUGUUGUGUUAGACUGAUCCGCUUUCAAUGUUCUGCUAAAACAUGUUAUUUUCUUUACGUAGUGAUUGAGUUCUUUGGGUCCAACAACAGGAAAUUUGUGGCCAUGGUGAUUUGAACUUCCUACUCUAUUGGCAUGGUUAUCCUGCCUGGCGGUCUGGCUUACUUCCUGUCCUCCUGGAAGACUCUGCAGCUGGCCAUGAGUCUUCUUUGCAUCCUGUUUAUCUCAAACCAUUGGGUUUGUUAAAAGGAUCCACACUGGUUGUUUUCACAACAAAGAACUACGGAGGCCAUGAAAGUUGCUGCAAACAAUGCUAAAUGCAAUGGGAAAUGUUUAUCACAUGAUCUACCAGAGUCUAUUAAAAUGUUUUUAGAUCAUUCAUUAGGAGUAAAAGAAGGAAGUUUACAAGCACGUAACAAUGUCUUCUUGGAUUUUUUUCUUGCUGUGGUGGAGCUUCCCAUUGGGCUCAUAUUUUAUCUGCUGGUCAACAAGGGGUUGAUGCUCCCUCAGAUACUCACUUUCACCACGGCCAUUUUGGUUUUGAAAUUGAAGGUGACAAGUGAAGGAUGGGCAAAAGUCUACCAGUCCUUUCAACCACCGAUAUCGCCCUCUGGUGCCCAUUACAAAAAGAGCAGGUUUAAAACACUUCUAUAUUGGCUUCACUUUUCAGACCAAUGUGGCUCUAACUGCCUGUUGUCAGUUUUAAUUUCUCACAGAAAUCUGGGUGUGUCAGUGUGUUCAUCAGCUAGUGGCACUGGAGCCAUUGUAGCCCCAUUCCUGCUAUACAGACUGGCCAGUAUGUGGCUGGAGCUGCCUCUGGUUCUUUACAGUUAAUUUAAAGUUUUUGAUCUACCUGCGACUAUUUUGUAUAUAGUAAAAUUUAAAGUAUUUAGCAUAUUACAUAUGUUAUCUUUGUUUCAGGUGUGAUGUUGAUGUGGUACAGUGUACAGGAGAUGUCUAUAGUUGCCCUGCCAGAGAUCAUAGAAUUGAUUUGCAGAAAUGUUUCAGGAUAAUGAAAAAUAAAUUUCAAAACAUGAAAUAGAAAUGUGCUGGGAAAAAAAAACACUGGAGGAGGGAGGAAGACAGCAGAAAGAAAAUCAGUGUUUGAUGUCUAAGAGACAAGAGUGUGCUUAAAAAGCCCAGUUUUCCAAUUAGGCAUUUGCCGCAGAGAGAUUCAUGUUCGAAGUCCUUCAUUUUUGUUUGUGUGCGCUUUCUGACAGGAAGAAAGAGAAAUCGAAAUAUGCAGAGGGAAACAGCUUGAUGAAAGUCUGACGCUUCACAGAGAAAAACAUUAGUGGAUUUUUUUCUGCAGAUGUCCUGUGUUUACAAUACACUGAACAGUAGCUUCACAGCCAGUGAAAAGUUACUUAAAACUGCCGUGGUUGUGCAGACUUGUGUUACAUUCAUAUGAAGUGUUAACUAGAAAUAUAGACACUGUGAAGUGAUGAAACACACAAGGUGUUAUUGACAGUCAAAUGAAUAAGAGAUCAGCACCUUUAUGUCUCCUUGAGAUAAAAGGGGUGUUAAAACUAAAAAAAAACAACCCUCAGGUAUUUGAGUUACAGACCCAAACACCAAAUACGCAAUUUUGCCAACAUGUAGCCAUUUAUAAAACACUUUGGCCCCUACAAGAGAUCCCAAGACCCUUAUGUUGUCUAAGUACUAUCAUUUUUGUUCCUUUUAUUGAUUGUGUUUAAUAAACACCUCUUUCAUCAAUUCAGCUCUAUAUUGGUUUAUCUAUACAUCCAUCCCACUACCACAACUCCGUGAACCUGGUUCUGAAAUGCAGAUGCAAUAGCUUUCUUUUGUUACUUUCACAUGCACUGUUUACCCGCCUGUAACCCUGUUCCAAUGUGAUUGGUCAUUAGAGCUACAUAUAGCUGCAUUGAGCUUUGUGAGAUAGUGUUAUCCUGCUCAAAUUAGUCAUCAGAAGAUUGGUAUAAUGUA